GUUAAAGUCAUGUUUACAUUUUAUCCCUGUACAAAGUUGCUCCAAAAUGACGGCGCUGGGACCAUGCGGAACCAAGCCGAGCAGCAACAGGGAACCAGUGACGACGUGCUAACGAGUUAGCAGGGUAGCUAUCGCUAUCAAGUGUGUGCGCGGUGGGGUUGAUUUAUACAAUCUAGAAUAAUAUUUCACAGUAUAUUCCAUUUUAUUUUAAGGUAGCCACCCAGGUAAUUUAAUUAUGCCAAGCAAAAAGAAGAAAUACAACGCCAGAUUCCCUCCGGCCAGGAUAAAGAAGAUUAUGCAGACGGAUGAAGAAAUAGGCAAAGUGGCUGCAGCAGUACCUGUUAUUAUUUCGAGAGCCCUGGAGCUUUUUUUGGAAUCAUUGCUUACAAAGGCCUGUCAAGUCACCCAGUCUAGGAAUGCAAAGACGAUGACAACAUCGCAUCUAAAGCAGUGUAUCGAGCUGGAGCAACAGUUUGAUUUCUUGAAAGAUCUGGUGGCAACGGUGCCAGACAUGCAGGGCGAGGGGGAGGAGAACCACACAGAGGGGGGAGGAGAAAAAGUCCCACGCAGGGGUAGAAAACCCGGGUCUGGCCGCAAGAAUGGGGGUGCUGGCUCCAAAGGAAAGGACAAGAAGUUAUCUGGCACCGAAUCAGAACAGGAGGAUGAGUCUGAAGAAAGCGAGACGGACGGGGACGAGGAGGACGGCUCUCAGUCAAGCACAAACCAGCAGGCUGCAUCCAGGUUCCACAGCCCAAACGCACCACCCCAGCACAUGCCAGGCAGCAUGGCUCCCGAACAGUCCCAGGGCGCCGUGGCCUUCGCCCCCCACCCCUCCAUGAUCAGCGUUGCACUGCCUCCCCCCGCCCCGGAGCCGCACAAAAACGAGGAUGACGACGACGAAGACUAUGACUCUUAGCUCCCUCCCUCCUCUUCCUUUACCACACACACACGAACACACACACACACACACACACACACACACACACACACACACACACACACACACACACACACUCUUUCAACAUUAUUUUCAGAUUCCUCUGCUCCGAGCAGAGGAGGGAAAGACUCUUCGUCGCUGACAGCAAAUCCCUCGGCUGUAAAAACACAAAGUCGCAGGAGACGGAAAACUGGUUGUAUAUUAUGUGUUUUAAUUUUCUUUUUUUUCCUUUUUUUAAAUGCAGUUUUAUUUGAUUGUAGAAGAGAAUCCGAAGAGGAUGUUUUUUAACGUUGACUGAUUUAAAAAAGAAGGGCAGUCGUCACUGUUUUUGCCAUGAGCCCCGUGGACAGGAUAGGUGUGGUUUGUGUUGCUUUGUAGCUUUUUCAUUUGGCACUUUUUUUGAUUUUCCUCAAUCCUCUGUAGUAGGCAUUAUGAAGUGGACAAGCCUCUCAAGAUCUGCCCCCAAAAAACCCCUCUAUAAGCAGCAGUCGAAGCCUUAAGAGACAAGUUCAGGGGCAGCAUUUUCCAAAGCGUUGGAAGGUGAUGCACACUGGAGAAGGGAACGGAAGUCAUUGUCUCACCCAUAAAGUGUUAUAUUACCACGUUAUCAAUUGGCUGUGAGACACUGCUGUUAAUAUCUGAGCCCUUCUUCCAGGCUUUGUCCCGACUCUCCAGUCAGUCCGAUUGUCGGGCUGCAACGUAAACAAGGAAGCAGGUGUAUUUUUACCAAUAGGUAAGCUAACCACAGCCUUUUUUCAAUUUGUUUCUAUUUUUAAUUCACGUUUUUAUCAAAUAAACUACAAACGGCAAACCAUAUCAACAGGUUAAUUUUCUUUUCCACCCUGUCCUAGCUCAGUUGCUCUGGCAUUUGGACCUCAUAUUUAAUUUUAUAGCAACAUUAAAUUCCCCCCAGAUCGCCGAUCAGAAGUAUACUGUGACUCUUAGACCAUAACUUUGUUUUUAAAGUUGUUUCCUUUGUCCACUCUCAUUUCUAUUCUGGCCCCCCUUUCUAUUUUUUUGGAUUACUUUUAGUUCCCUCCCACCUCUUUUUAGAUUGUUUUAAAUGUAUCCAUCGAAAAAACCCAAAGAUGGGGCUCCCAGUUAUGUGUCAGUCUCAGUAUGAAAUGUUUCCGAAUAGACAUUUGAAGUUGACACUGUAUUGUAAACUUUUAACAUUCUUUUUAUUUUGUAUGGGUAAAAAAUAAAGUUCAUAUUUCAAUUUAAGAAAAAGAA